AUGUCGCCGCGAGGGCAUCUCACGACGAGCACCACCUACACGCUUGCUCACACGGCGCAGUGCAAGUUGAAAAUCGCCGCCAACCGUCCGGACCGGAAUUUGCGAUUUGUCCUUGGCCAUGCCUUUACGCUGGACAAUCUCAUGGUUCGGAUCGUCGAGAUCGAGAAUCAGAACGCCAAAUCCGUCUUUCAAGAAGGCAAGCCGGCGGCGCCAAGCGACCUGGGACACGAACACGAACACGAACACUAUGAUUGCACAGCAGCGCCGCCGCCGCAGCCGACAACAGCGCCAGAGCCCGAAUCGAGGGGCCGCAGAGUCAGUUUCCACGACAACAAUGCCCGGCCGUCCAGCACGGCGGGGGUGGCCUCCAACAACAAUCGACCCGACAACGGGACUUCUUCGCCGUCGCGCAAACGAUCUCCGCCGCCCGCGGUGGUGAAACACAGAUACAUCGACGAAGAGCAGGACGAAGACGACACCUCGUCGGACGACUACGACGAGCCCGAAUCGUACGAGUUGGACAGCGGCGAGUCAGCCAAGCCGGCGCCGAAACUGAGGCCCGUUGCGCACGACGCAUACUCGGACGAAGAAGACGCCGCGCUCGAGCUGGCCGACGACGAACUCGACGACGACAUGAACGGGCUGUCGCUCACGCGCUUCGGCUCGGCCGCAGCCCAACCGCCACGCAUGGUUCGCUCUGACUCGUCAUCGGAUGAGGAGGAAGAUGAGAAAGCCGCAGAGCCCGUCACACCGCCCCAGUUACCCGCCGACGUGGACGUCCGGGAAAUCCUGUGUGGCGAGAAGGACACUGAGUUGACGAAUCUCUACGAGAGCGUGAGGAGGUGUUCUUGUCACGGAAAGCACGAGGACCUGGACGUUGGGGGCACGCCCCAAGGGAUAUGGGAUGUGCCUGUGGAGAAAACGGGAGGGAAGCAUUUGGCCGUGGUGGCUAUUGCUGCCUGA